AUGGGAGUACCGAAUCCUAACCUCGACGCUCUCGAAGAGCAGCGGCUCGCGCUCGAAGAAAACAUCCUCCAACUUCAGAAAUCGCUUUACCACUGGCGAACCUGGGAAGCAGAAUACGAUGGAAUCCGCGAGGAGAUUAGCAACCUAGAAGAUGAUGCUAGCACGGACGAUUUCCUUGCUGUGGCCCUGGAAUUUGGCGGCACGCUGGUGGAUCAGAAGGAAAUGCAGACAAUACUUGGUACGAAAGGUGUGAUGCGGUCUCGCGGGCAAGUGGUUGAUCUUCUUGGACGACGCAUCGACUACGUGCAGCAGAAUGUUGCGACUAUGGAGAAGAGGCUUUCGAAGGCCCAAAAUGAGCUAGACGCUUUGGUCUUGAAUGAUCAGCCGCCGCUGCAGGACGGUGCGGAGUUCCCGAUGCAGGAGAUUAUGGAGGAGCUUGAUGAGGAUGGAAAUGUCGUCUCGAGCAAGAUCAAUACGCCUGGGAAUGACGCCUCGGAAUUGCUGAAUGUGUUGAAGAAGGCCGGCGUGAAGGAUAUUCCGGAGACGAGUGAGCCGGAGAAGACUGCUGCAACUCCCGCAGAUGCUACACGUGAAGGCGCGGUGGUUGAUUCGGUCAGCUCAAAGCCUGCAAAUCAGCAGAACGGUCCCUUGAGCGACGAUAAUGCUACCAUAGAGCCAAGUGGCGCAUCCCUGAAAUUCUCUCAACCUCAGUCUGUGGUGACUGCCGAAGAUCGCAUGCAGCCGCCUGUCACGGACGUGAAUGAAUCUGCCGAAGAAGCAAGACUUCGCCGUGAAAUGCUCGAUUAUGGGAUCAACGAGGUGGGGGCUAUUGUGGCAGAGCUGGAAAUGGAUGAGUCCGGAAGUGACGUUUCCUUCGAUGAGGACUAUGAUUACGACUACGACGAGGAAGAUAACGAAGAUGAACAUGGCCGCUCCCACACUCGCCUUCCGGCGGAAUACCACCAGCAGAUGAUGGAGUUGGAAGCCAAGCUCAAUGCCCGAGGCCUAAUGAACAUGGGCAAGGACACUGAGACAUUCCCCGAGGAAGUGCAGCAAGAGAUCGCGGCACCUGCUGAGGUUGAAACUUCCACCAAAGAGAAGAAGCCUAAGAAACGGGUUGCGUUCGCGGAUGACCUUGAUAUCGCACCAGCUCCCACACCCCCGGCCACCGCCGAGAAGACUUCUGCUCCACAGGCCGAGCCUCAGGUGCUCGCUGAUUCCAUUGUUGAACGGACCAGCCGUGCCCCGGAGCCCUCUCCAGCCACCCCCGCUGUUCCCAAGAAGGCAUCGCGGUUCAAAAGUGCUCGGGCCGUUGCUCCAGGUAGUACCACUAGUGAAUCUGUUACCGCCGGCGCUACAAUCGCAAAUCCCUCGGAAGUCACCGAAUCCCGCCUUCGCAAACAAGCCAACACAACUCCAUCUGCGGUGCCGCCUGUCCUCUUCCCCGCCACACCAAAAGAGCCCAAACCCUUCUCCGCCCCGAUCUCCGAUAUUAUCGAGAAACCUUCUGCGCCUCAAUUCCCACACGACCGAACUCUAGCCGAAAAGGUCUUUGAGCGAGAGGUCAAAACAGGGGCCGCAGUGGCUCCCGAAUUGGACCACUACGAUGAAGAGCUUCACCAGAAGCAGAUUGCGUCGGAGUUCUUCAAUAUGCAAAAACGCAUCAACGGCACACCUAAAGACGAGGAACAGGAUACUUUCCCUCCUGAGGAAGAUGAACCUAAACGGGUGAGCAAGUUCAAAGCUUCACGAAUGGGAUAG